AUGACACGGCGCCUCCACGAAUUCAAGAUGGAUGCUGAAACGGCCAUGGCUAAGCAUUUGGACGCUUUCGACGAGCUCGUUGUCGGUCUUCAGACGCUUGGAGAGCCCGUCGACGAGGCACGGCAGCUAGUAGUGCUGCUGAGCAGCCUUCCAGCCGAAUACGAGCUGAUAUCGUCGAUCAGCGAGAACCAAAUACGCGUAGGUGAUCUAGCGUAG